AUGGGCAGCCCCCGCUCGGCGCUGAGCUGCCUGCUGUUGCACUUGCUGGUUCUCUGCCUCCAAGCCCAGGAAGGCGUAGGGAGGGGGCGAGGGGCGGCGGCUCUGGGCAGAGAACUUGCUUCCCUGAUCGGAGCUGGCCGGGAGUCCCAGGGUGUUUCCCAACAGGUAACUGUUCAGUCCUCACCUAAUUUUACACAGCAUGUGAGGGAGCAGAGCCUGGUGACGGAUCAGCUCAGCCGCCGCCUCAUCCGGACCUACCAGCUCUACAGCCGCACCAGCGGGAAGCACGUGCAGGUCCUGGCCAACAAGCGCAUCAACGCCAUGGCAGAAGACGGGGACCCCUUCGCAAAGCUCAUUGUGGAGACAGAUACCUUUGGGAGCCGGGUUCGAGUCCGAGGAGCUGAGACCGGUCUUUACAUCUGCAUGAAUAAAAAGGGGAAGCUCAUUGCCAAGAGCAACGGCAAGGGCAAGGACUGCGUGUUCACCGAGAUCGUGCUGGAGAACAACUACACGGCCCUGCAGAACGCCAAGUACGAAGGCUGGUACAUGGCCUUCACCCGCAAGGGCCGGCCCCGCAAGGGCUCCAAGACGCGGCAGCACCAGCGCGAGGUGCACUUCAUGAAGCGGCUGCCCCGCGGCCACCACACCACGGAGCAGAGUCUGCGCUUCGAGUUCCUCAACUACCCGCCCUUCACGCGCAGCCUGCGCGGCAGCCAGAGGACUUGGGCCCCCGAGCCCCGGUAG